UCUUACUUUUGAUGCAUGAGAGUUUGAGGUUUUCCGCCGCCGAGCAGCCAUCUGGGCGGAAUCAUUUGCAUUAUGGCUUCGGAUCAAGAAAAGAACAGUCAGCGUGUGAAACAGCUUUUGGGGAAACCUGGGAAUGGAAACUGUGCCGACUGCGGAGCUGCAGAUCCGGAAUGGGCAUCCUACACUCUGGGAGUGUUUGUGUGUCUCAGCUGCUCCGGCCUUCAUAGAAACAUUGUUCAGAUCAGCAAAGUGAAAUCUGUCCUGCUGGAUCCCUGGAGCUCCUCUGAGGUGGAGUUCAUGGACUCUGUGGGUAACAAUGCUGCCAAGGCCACAUUUGAGCAGAUAGUUCCUGCCUUCUACUACUGCCCGACACAGAAAGACUGCAUGCUCCUGCGAGAACAAUGGAUCCGAGCCAAGUACGAGAGGAAGGAGUUCCAGCGCGUGGAGAGGCAGGAGCCUUACUCAGCAGGCUACAGAGAGGGGUUUCUAUGGAAACGAGGUAGGGACAACGGACAGUACCUCAGCCGAAAUUUUAUUCUGUCCGAACGGGAAGGUGUUUUGAAGUACUUCAACAAGCACGAUGCCAGAGAGCCCAAAGCGAUAAUGAAGCUCAAUACUGUGAAUGCCACUUUCCAGCCAACAAAAAUCGGCACCUCCCAGGGCUUGCAGAUAACUUAUUUAAAGGACAACAGCACUCGGAAUAUCUUUGUUUACCAUGAGGAUGGAAAGGAAAUGGUGGACUGGUUCAAUGCCAUCAGAGCAGCCCGGUUUCACUACCUUCAGGUGGCUUUUCCUGGAGCAUCGACCUCUGAUUUGUUGCCAAAGCUGACCAGGAACUACAUAAAGGAGGGUUUCAUGGAGAAGACUGGGCCAAAACACAGAGAGGGCUUCAAGAAGAGAUGGUUCACGAUGGAUGACAGGAGGCUCAUGUAUUUCAAAGAUCCACUGGAUGCUUAUGCGCGAGGAGAGGUGUUCAUUGGCUGUGAGGAAAACGGCUACACCGUGCUUCCCGGCCUCCCCACAAACACUCAAGGCUACCAUUGGCAGUUUGGAAUUACCAUCGUGACCCCAGACAGGAAGUUUCUAUUUGCAUGUGAGACCGAGGAGGAUCAGAAAGACUGGAUCGCAGCAUUUCAGACUGUCAUCCACAGACCGAUGCUGCCUCAGGAGUAUGCAGUAGAGGCCUAUUUUAAGCACAAACCAUGACUGUCUUAGUGCUUGAAGAUAUGUUGCAGAGACUGAAGCUGGACAUAGAGAAGCACCUGCGAUACACGCUUGAUAUCUCAUAUUGGAAGUAUUUAUAACGACUUACAGUUUUUCUCGAUUGCUUAAACAAAUUUUUUUAAAGCAUGCCUCGUUUUCUCAAAACUCUAAACACAAAUCCCAAAACCACUCACACAAAAUGCAAAACCCUUUAUAUCUCCUGCAAAAUGCAACUUUGCUUUCAAAACAGUGUUAUGUCACCUCAAAAGGGUAUUUUGUUUUCAAAUGACAAACACAGCCCAUUAUAUGAGUAGACAUUCUAAGCAUCGAUUGAACACUGAUGUGCUCAAUGGAAAACACUACGAUGAAAUGGGAAAACACAAGUAUGAAGGCCUUAUCAGGAGCAUUAUGCCUUUUCAUGUCCAGUGGUACUGUACGCUUUCUCCUGUUGUAAAAUAUUGUAAAUGUAUAGUGUAUUAACUCAAAAUAUAAAACAACACACAAAUAUACAACAAAAAUGUUUCUUUCUUUUUUAUAAUUGUUUCACAGAAUAAACAAUAGAAAAUAGACUACAACAGUCAACAAAAAAAGAAAGAAAAGUGUAAAUAAAAAAGGACGAAAAAAAUGUGUCUUCGUCCUGUCGUCGGUUCCUGUCUGGCCACAGGACCUCAUCAACAUCCUCCUCUUCCACCUCUUCCUCCUCCUCAUCCUCAUCCUCGUCCUCUUACCCUUACUCCUCUGCCUCUCUAGUCUCCUCUACCUUCCAUGUUUUCAUCCAUUCUUCUUCAAAUCAGGAGGUCACCUGUGGCCCUUAUAUUGCUAAAGCCUUGAUUCCAAAUUGCACAACAGCCAUGGAAAUGGAAGUUUUGCCAAUUGAAUAGCAGUGUGUUCUGUCUGAACACAAGGAGGUUUUGGCAUUGAUGAAGUGUGCAAAGUAGAGAGGAUGGUGUUUAGUGUUUUGAAGAAAGUGUGGCUAACAAUUGAAAUCUGUGUUUAAAGCAGAUACUUGUGUGUUGUAUUUUGAAGAAAGUGUGGCUAACAAUUGAAAUCUGUGUCUAAAGCAGAUACUUGUGCUUAUAGUUUAGCAGAAUUGGUUUAGGGAGUUGGCACAUGAGUUACAGGUUGUGGUCAUUGUGUUAUAAGUUCCAGUUUUUGUGUGUAAUCAAUCGAGAAAAACUGUAAGUGUGACAGAGAAAAAUACCUUCAGGUGAGAUAGUUACCACUUCUCCGCCUACCAUCCCAACUCAUCAUACCAUCAACCUCCUUAUCUGACAGACCCGUUCCUUAGGGAGUCCCGAUCACCCCUAAGCUCAUGAAUGUUGGCCUAACUCACCCAUCUGUGUCAUAAUGUUACUUACAUAACUGAAAGAGGUCUGGCAUCCUGACCUGAAUGUUUGUAGGAAUCAGAAUUGUUGCUGCUCAGAUGUCAAAAGAUGUUUUUCUCUGUUUACUGUAAUAUAAUAAGUAUGCAGAUGCUCACAUUUAUUCCAUGUAUGGGUACAAUGAUAUUUAAUUUUCAAUGUUUUUUUUUUUUUUUAACCAAACACUUGCUAAUAUGUAGCUUGUGAUGCUAAAUUGCCAAGCACUGAGGAAAUAAUAAUAAUCAUGUUUUUGCUCUUUAUCCAGCUGAAUGUUAACUGGUUUGUGAAAUGUUAAUAAUCACAUUUAAGGUUUGGCUUGCAUUCCUUUGGGUCUCGUUUUUGUAAAACUAUGAAUAGUGAUCCACUUCAGCGUUUACUUUCAUGUGGUAUACUGUAACCAGCAGAUGGAGACAGAGGAGGAGUUAAACUCGCCAUGACCCUCGGAGUUAAGUAAAGGGAGAACCUGCUAAAUGAAACUGAAAUGUUGUCACUAUUAAAUGGGUUAAAGCCACAUUUCUUUUACUUUUUAUUGUAGUUAUCUUUCAGAUACAAGAAAUGAGUUGCACAUUGAAAAGUAGUAAAGCCAAAAAUCAAUACAUUACGGUGAACAUGAAAAUGUACAGUUUCUAUGACUACGAUUAAAUCUACCAAAGCAACAGUCA